CCCAAAUUGCGAGCCCUUCCGUCUGAAUGCUAUGCGAUUUAAAACAUUCCACAGCUUUAUUUAUUUAUUAAAGAAGAUAAUGAUCCUCUGUGGCCAAAUCAUGCUUUCUGGUAUAGUAGCCUAUUUUAAAUGAUUUUGUUUUGUGUAUAGACAGGAGAAGCUAAUUAGGCUAUAUCAUUUUGGCAGUUUUAAUUCAAUUGACUAUAGGGAUAUCUUGUCCUAGCCUUAUGGACGCGCUGCCUAUGCCAAUGUGGCAAAAACACAACCAGUCAUGUUAAUAUCUGAUUGUUAAACAAUCACCUGUAGACUACCCGCGCACAUUCGUCCACUUACAAAAUAACAAUGCACUGUGCAACUGCAAUUUCAUGAAUGGAGAGAUAAAUGUGUUACAAAACACCUACGUGUAUUGUAAUGAGAUCUGUGAUUGUUAGGCCUACACGUAGCCUGAAUCGCGUCCACUGUUGAAGAAAAUACAAUAAUGAUUAAUGGCUUGUAUGUAUUUUUUUCGGGAUUUUGUGGUAAUUGUAAUAGGCUCACGUUUUACCAUUACGGUGUACCCCCAAUAUUUAUUUUGGCAGUAGGCUGGUAGACUGUAGUAGCUUACUUUCACCCCGGAGUGUGUCAGAGGAGUCUGUGACUAGGCUUUAAACCAGGUGUUGUCCUGAGGGUUCGAAACGUUCCAGAACACUGCCUUGAAAAGCUGAGGCUGGUGAAUGAGUCAGCACUCUGAUUAAAGGCUUUUUGGGGAAGGAGAAGGGAAACUGAUUACGCAUAAACACACUUGAACCUUAACCUAUAUCCAUCAGUAGGAUGUCAGCAGCUUUCCAUUCCACCAAGGGGGAACGGGAAAUACCUAUGGAUCUUCAAAUGAAACCUGCUCUCUGUCACAUUUUGGGUGCCAGUAACUCUAGUUUCACUCAGUCAGCUCAGUUUCAGUGACCUGUGUGUAGAUGUAAUGCAGAGGCUCUUUCAAUUUCUGUUCCUAUGAUAACCUCUAUCAUGUAGUGACCAUGUGUGUCCCAGAAGGGCUGUAUAUUUCUCAGAAGAGACUGUGGUCAGCACGGGGAAGUUCAGUUGCAUCUCAAGGAAACAGAAGGGGAGGAGAGGUGUCAGAUGAAAGUGUCACCCUCUAAGUUUCUACUCACUGGGUAUAAAAGACCUUCGAAGCUAGGUUGAUAGAAGACCACUCUCCAUCGAUUACACAGGUGCCUCAACAGACAGUGAACAGAAGAAUAGGGCUCUCUGUAGAGAAUUGAACUGAACUGAGUUGGGCAGGAGUGGACUGAGCUAAACUACAUUGGACGACAGUCAGUGACUAGUUUCGGCUGAUAGAUACACAGGCUUUUCUCUAUAACACACACGAUCCAGUGCUCAGCAGGAGGAUGCCUGUCUCGUGUAGGGAGGCUCUGCUCAUGCUUCUAGCCAGUCUUGGAGGUCAGGUCUGGGGGGAGGUGGGUGACUUCACCCCUUGCCUCCGUUUCUUCUACAUGGAAACUCCCCCAAAAGGCAUGGGGGGAGAGGGGUACCAGCCCAUCUGCCAGCGCUACAGGAACCAGUACCACUUUGCCAGCCUGUACCAGCACCAGCGCCGUGCCACCCUCUACUCUGCCUACAUACUUACCCCUGGAGGAGGCAAACGGCCUGGGAACAAGUGGAUGUAUGAACCACAGUUGGCAUUCUCCGGUGCCAGUCCAGAGAUGCAUAGUUUCCCGCGGCGUGGGCCCGUGGACCAGAAUGUGGUGGAGAGCCAGGCGGUACUCCAGGACUACAUCAACUCUUCCUACACCAAGGGUCACCUCAACCCCAGCCUGCACCACCAGGCCCCAGAGGACCGCCGGGCCACUUUCACCCUCACCAACGUGGUCCCUCAGCGGGCAGCCUCAAACUCUGGCCCCUGGGCUCAGCUGGAGGCUGAGGUGAGGGCCCGGAUGGGUAACUACUGCAUUGGGCCGGCGUAUGUGAUAACAGGGGCGUUGUCAUACCUCUCUGAGCGCUGGAUGGCCAACCGGGUAGCGGUGCCAGAGUACAUGUGGUCUGCCUACUGCUGCCCCUCCUACAACUCUAGUCUCCCCGCCUCACAGAGACCCUACUUCCCAUCAUAUGCUGCUGUGGGCCGGAACGACCCCCAUAGUGGUGGAGAGAUUGUGCCGGUGGACCCCCAGGCAAAGGCCUCGGUUCGGGGGUACGAUGUGAGGCGGAUGCCCCUGGACACCGUGGAGACUAUUCUACAGCAGAGACUGGGCGUCCACAUCAGCCUGUUUCACAAUCAAUGCCUGUGAGCAGGUGUGGUAGUUAGGUAAUUGGCUGUUGAAUGAGAUGUCCCUGUUGAGUGAAAAAUAGAAUCUACAGUGGAACAUAAUAUAUUUGGUGAUUUAAGAUCUUUGAACUAGUUUGCAGACCAGUCAUAACAGACACAGACACACACGCACAGACACGCGCACGCACACACGCACACACGCACGUAUAGGGUGGGUAUUGUGUUUGAUCGCCCUCCAGUGGACUGAAAUAGAACAACAGUCUCAAUACACGAAAGUCAAGCUCUAAAGAACAGCCAGACAGUUCAUUAUCCAUCACAAUGGAUUGUGACAACCUACCCCUAAGGUUAUACACACACACACACACACACACACACACACACAGAGCUUUCAUUAUGUUGCUAUUGGAGUCGGUUAGUACAUGAGUAGAAUACCUUUUCACAUGUACAGUAUAUACUAUUUUAUUAAAACGUCAAAUACGCUGUCAUCUUACUAUGUAUACUUUAUAGAAUAAUACUAUGAAAUUGUAAUUUAAUGUUCGCACUGUACAUUUGAAUGUUAUAUUUAAGGUACUUUUCAAUUAGAUACAAUAUACAUAAAUAUAUGAUAACAAUGGCAUAUUCCACACACUGCUAACAGAUUUCUAUCAUUUGAACUUCCCAAACCCAAAACUGUGAACGGAAUUGUCUCCAAAUACAAACGAAACCUUGCUCACGUGUUGUGGAGCAUUUGUGUGUCAAGGUCACUGAUAAAUGCUGAUCACAUGAAUUUUGACAUGAGCUUGAGAAAGGGGGUGGAAAUCCUCCCAUAGAUAUAUCUGUUGUGAAUCUGGUUGUGACUGGAAAAAAAUGCCAUUGUCAAGGCAGCACUUCCUAAGGUUGUCAGACCAGGACUGGCACACUCGCUCAACUGAGUAGCUCUGCAGGUGUAAGAUAAGCUGAGUAAACACUAACCACUCAACUGGUUCUUCCUGAUGUUAUACAUUUUAAAUAAUAAUACAAAAACUACUACAUACAAACAACAAAUCAACAGUAUAUGAGACAAGGUCCUUUAUGGGCAUUCCCGAUCUGGUUCUUUCUUUCUUUCUCUCUCUCUCUCUGUGUGUGUGUGUGUGUGUGUGUGUGUGUGUGUGCGUGUGUGCGCGUGCACGUGUUCCAGUUGGCUUUAAAGGAGACAUACGUGUGCUGAUAAAAUAGCAUGGGUCCUCUCAUGCUAAAUCAGCUUGGCAAGAAGCAGGUACAUCUUACUGCAGAAAGAGCACUGGUCAAUUCUCCUGGGCCAUUAGACAACCCUGUGGGUGGCCAAACCCCUAUGUGACUGGAAUGUUUUCCCAAUCAGAACAGAGAUGCCCCAACCCAAUCCAGACACCUGC